AGUUAGAGCUGCUUAGAUUUAACACUUCAGCACCUGAAUGGUGGGGAGGGGGGAAGUAACUUCUAGUCUUCUAUUACUUAACUAAUUUUCCUAGACUCUUUGGCUUUGCACAUCAUCAUAGCUGUGCUUCACCUAAACUGCCAAGAUGUCCAGGGUAGCAAAAUACAGAAGGCAAGUCAGUGAAGAUCCAGAUAUUGAUAGCUUAUUGUCUACGUUGUCUCCAGAGGAGAUGGAAGAGCUAGAAAAGGAGUUGGAUGUGGCUGAUCCAGAUGGAAAUAUCCCUGUGGGGCUCAGACAGAGAAACCAAACUGACAAGCACUCAACUGGCUUAUACAACCGAGAAGCAAUGCUCAACUACUGUGAAAAGGAGACGAAGAAACUUAUUCAGAGGGAACUGUCAGUGGAUGAAGGGAUGCCAGCAGAGAGGAAGAGAGACCCCAGGAACCUGGAAGGAAAGGGCAAGGAAGCUCGUUCCCAAGACCCUGUCAGGAAACGAGACUUUGAUCUGGGAAAAGAACGUAACAAAGGAGAAUGUGCUCAGAAAACAAGUUACAAAGGAAAGGAAGAAUUAGAGAGUAAAUGCAAUGAAAAACCCAAAGGAGAAAAGGCCCCCAAGGACAAAGACAAGGCCAUUGACAAAAAACUCAUAGGAAAGGACAGAAAGGAAGAAGAGAAGAGUGCAGCACCAAAGAAACAGCUAGGAAAGGACAGAAAGGAAGAAGCACCAAAGAAAGAGCUAGGAAAGGACAGAAAGGAAGAAGAGAAGAGUGCAGCACCAAAGAAAGAGCUAGGAAGGAACAGAAAAGGAGAAGAAAAGAGAGAAAAGGAGAGUAAAGAAGAAGAAAGGUGUUCAGCUUUAAAGAAAUACUCAAAGGUUGAUGGUAGGGAGAAAUCACUUACAGACUCCAAAGGUGUCACUGAGGAAAAGGCUCCUCCAGCACCAGAGACAGAGCCUAAACAGAUCCCAGAAAACAGCUCCUCAAAACCUGUGGAUAGCCCCCCAAGCCAGACCAAGGAAGAGGAAGAAGCAGCUUCCAGUAUUUUUGAUGAGCCCUUAGAAAGAGUGAAGAAUAAUGAUCCAGAGAUGAUGGAAGUCAAUGUCAAUAACUCCGACUGCAUCACCAGUGAAAUCCUGGUGCGCUUCACAGAGGCCUUGGAAUUUAACACCGUGGUCAAAGUGUUUUCACUGGCCAAUACCCGUGCUGAUGACCAUGUCGCAUUUGCCAUCGCCAUUAUGUUGAAGUCAAACAAGUCACUAACCAGCAUCAAUCUGGACUCUAACCACAUCACAGGUAAAGGGAUCCUGGCCAUCUUCCGUGCCCUGCUGCAGAACAACACCCUGACAGAGCUGCGUUUCCAUAACCAGAGACACAUCUGCGGGGGGAAGACAGAGAUGGAGAUAGCCAAGCUGCUGAAGGAGAAUACCACCCUCCUGAAGCUGGGCUAUCAUUUUGAAUUGGCAGGUCCCCGCAUGACAGUCACAAACCUGCUGAGUAGGAACAUGGACAAGCAGAGGCAGAAACGUCUGCAGGAACAGAAGCAGCUUCAGGAACGUAGUGAGAAGAAGGACCUGCUAGAGGUGCCAAAGGCAGGCAGCUUGCUAAAGGCGUCCCCCAAGCCUUCGCCACAGUCAUCCCCAAAAUCUUCCCCGUGGUCUUCCCCUAAAAGUUCUCCUAAGAAGGGUGGGCCUCCGGCUGCACCUCCCCCACCCCCACCUCCACUAGCCCCACCCCUGAUCAAUGAAAAUAUAAGGAAUUCUCUCUCUCCAGCCACCCAGAGGAAGAUGGUGGAGAAGGCACUUCCUGCUCAGGAGAAGAACUCAAGGGACCAGCUGUUGGCAGCCAUUCGAUCCAGCAAUGUCAAACAGCUAAAGAAGGUGGAGGUCCCAAAACUAUUGCAAUAGAACAUCGAAGCUGGAUCUCCCGCAUGGAUGAGACCUGUGGCAGAAAAUAGGACGUUAGCCUUUCUUAUGACUGUUUACAUGACCAGUCCUUGGGGACUCUGCAGUGGCCACCUGCCUGCCCCAGAGCUGGAGGAGCAGUGUUCUCUGUGGGGUCCAACUGAGGGGGGCAGCCCUGAGAAGGGCCCUGGGGUCAUUGGAUGCAGUGUAUGCGGCAGACCUGGUAUUCAUUUUUACAAUUUAAAAAAUCUUAAAGCUCUUUCUUUUAGCCAGCACCAGCGUGCGACGUGCCAGUGCAAGAUGGGGGCAGGGUUGCAAGAAUGGGGGGAGGGUGUUUGUUCCUGUUGCUGCUGACAGAGUUUGGAGCGUGAGUAGUUACCAAGUGCAGCAGAUGCAGGAUGGACGUCCCUGAAUGUCUGGGUCCACAUCUCCAGAACUGCGUGGCUCUGCCAAUACAGAACAGCACACGGACAGCAACCUGCACCCCGAAGAGCCUUGCUUUGCUCUCAGCUUGGAGGCUGUCAGGCAGAACUGGCAGCGGGACAUUGUCUAGAGUGACGCAGAGCCAAACUCAGGAGAAUGCUUGGGGCAGAAAUGAAUUGCCACCUCUCUGUGGGUUCAGGAUCUCCAGUGCCCUGAAAAGGAAAAGGGAGCGUAUGGUGCAAGGGGAGAGAUGCUGACUGCCACAGACAGUUAGUAUUGGCAGAAUGUGUUGGGGGGCCUGGGGAGAUACACCUGAUGCUGAUAUUUUAUGCAAAGAAAUAACUGAAAUGUGCAGAGGGCUGGCCCAGAGAUGUCACCUCCCCCCAGUAUCUUCAGGGCUCAGUGCAGCCACUGUCUAGUGCCAUGCUUUACAUGACUGAUCUUGCUGUCACUGUGCUGCUGCCCUUAGUGCUGGACACGCAUGGGACGAGGCUUCGGGACUGGCAAGCAGAAAGCAGGGUUUUUGCUGAGAGAACACUGCUCCUGGUUUUCAGACCCAUUUGUCCUUGAGGGAGGCACUGGGAAGGAUGUGCUUGGCCUGCAGGCUGUAGCCCAGCAUGCCCAGAGCCCUCACUUUGCAUGUGACAUGUGUGUGCUCUAGCUCAGCUUUGUCAAUGGCCGUGGGGCUGUGCGUGCUCCCCACACACCUGGCCUUCAGCCGAGCACAAUGGAGGGCAGGUUCAGAGGUGGCACUAGCACAUGUACCUCAGGGGCAGCCCAGCCUGGCUGGCGCAUGCUCUGCUUUUCUCGGGAGUGCAGGCAACUGGAUUUGUCUUGCUAUUGGUUUCACAGACUGUAACUUUCCAAGGAGGCUCUGAACUCCCAGGAGAUUUGUGGGGCCUUAGCACAGGAACAGCUGCAGAUGCAGUGCUGCUUUCCAAUGGCCCCUAAUCCCCUGGAAGAAAUAGCUCAGGGUUAAUGAUCAGAGUUGCUUGUUGUGCACCACUCAGUGUGGAGUGAAUAAGUGUGUGAGGAUGAGGGGCCUGUGUGCCAGUGGAGGGGGGUGUCUGUCAGUGGAG